UCCAAUCAGUCUCACUCUGGACAUUCACAGUGUUGUAGUGUAUGUCCUUAGCGAUUAUCGCUCCCGCUCCAGCCCAAACAACUGACCACCGCUCCGCCGUCGCCUAAGCCGCCACCUCCGCCUCAAGGCCAAGACCUCGCCGCCUCCUUCUGUAGAAAAACAGUCACAGCAUAAGAAAUGGAUAAAACUAAAGAAAUGGACAAAGAAACGGAAAACAAGGAAGAAUUCGAUGCAUCAGAGGUAGAAUACGUAAGCUACGGCGGCGAGCAUCACUUACCGUUAAUUAUGAACCUCGUCGAUCAAGAACUCAGCGAACCGUACUCUAUUUUCACUUACCGUUACUUCGUAUACUUAUGGCCUCAGCUCUCAUUUCUGGCUUUUCAUAAAGGUAAAUGCAUAGGGACGGUGGUUUGCAAGAUGGGAGAGCAUAGGAACACAACGUUUAGAGGCUACAUUGCUAUGUUAGUUGUUAUUAACUCUUAUAGAGGAAAAGGCAUUGCUACUGAACUUGUUACUCGGUCGAUUAAAGUGAUGAUGGAUUCGGGAUGCGAAGAGGUGACAUUAGAAGCAGAAGUCACAAAUAAAGGAGCACUUGCAUUAUACGGUCGUCUUGGGUUUAUUAGAGCGAAACGGUUGUUUCAUUACUAUUUAAACGGUGUUGAUGCAUUUCGCCUGAAGCUACUAUUCCCCCAACCGGAGAUACACCCGGCACUAACUAUGGCAGCCCAAAUAGAAGAUAGUCAUAGACAUAUUGAUCAUCUACCAGGGGGAGAAUGUUGUGGAAUUCAUCGCGAUUUUUAGUUUAGCAAACAUCGAAUAUGGAAGUUUUAUGCCCUCUUCUUUUCGCUGGAUAUUUUUUCAUACCAAGUUAAACUGAAAGCUAUCUUGUUCUCACUAUGAAACCAUUACAUGAUCUAGUUAGAGAUGUAUGUAUUCAUCUUUCAGAUUAUGAUAAACUUUCCUAUUUUUCUUUAA